AUUUAAUUACACGUAUAUACAACAAUGUGCAAUGCUUUUUACAUCUUGACAUCGAUCAAAGAUCUUGUUCGUCUCUGUUCAUGUUGACUGCCCAUUCAAGCAUCCAUCCUCAGUAGUCGUCGGUCCAAAAUUACUUCAUAUCCUGGCACUUGGUUUAUUAUUUGGUAUUAUGUUUCAUCCAGAAGCAAUCUCUAGUCAAAUCUCAUCUACUAGUAUUUCUGAUAGUAGCACUGCUUUACCUGAUUUGAGAAAAUCUUCAUCUGACAAUGUUUUUACAUCAGAUAUUUAUAGUCCUCAAUUACAUGAAUUGAUUGGUGCACCAGCUGCAAAUUAUGCUUUUGGUAAAGAAAAUUGGCAAGUGGAAGAUGUUCAAGUUGGGAUUGUUAUAACAACAUGUACUGGAGCACUAACUGUUCUUUUGUUGUUAGGAGUUAUAAAAGUAUAUUUUAUGAAUAUCGUGUGGUCUUGUCACAAAUACUUGAAACUUCAACAACAGCUGGCAAGUUCAGUUGAUGCAUAUCUUGAAACUGAUGUUGAGGCUCUAUUACCUCCCGACUAUAUUACUGCUACAAAAAUGCCACCCCAUAUUCCAGUAUAUAUUCCACCAUCAUAUACUGCAGCUUCAAAUAAUCAGUCUUAAUCAUCAAAUAUUUUAUUUUAUCUUACAUUUUAUUAUGUAUUAGCCAUAUUCCUGUAAAAAUAAUCAAAAUGGCUUUUUUUCUGGUCAUUGUGCAACACAAAUAUAUUUUAGUAAUGAUUUAGAGGAGAUUGUUUUAUUAUAUAGUAUGAGUUUAAAUCAUAAUAAUAAUAAUCAAUAAAUAUCUUCUCUCAUCAAUAUCAAAAUUUUAUUGAUUUAAAACUAUAUAGACGGGAGUAAUAGGUUUAUAUUUGGAAUGUAGAAAAUAUUGUAAAUAUUAAAAAUAAAUUGUGUAACAUCAAUUUUAUUAUUUUGUUGUUAAGUUAAUUUAAAUUUAUAUAUUAUAAAAAACACAGUGUUGAUAAGAU